GCAGCACUGCCAGUCCAGGGUUUGCAGGUGGGGGUGCACCUGGGCAUGGACACGGCGGCCAGAGCUUCGAAGGGUCCUGCGGGAAGGACAUACCUGUGAAGCCGUCCCAGCAUCGCAUCCCUGCCUCCCACUUUCGGUGAAAAGGGCAAGCUGGCUGGGAGGAGCCCAGCCUGAAGGGGGCGCCUUCGCUGAUGUAAUGCCGGACCCCGAGGCUGGACCCCAACACCUUCAGGAGAGCAACCCGGCGCCUCCCAGGCCCCCGGCAGAGAAGCCCCGCUGCGUGUCCCUCACGGCCGGCCUGAGCCGCCUCCUGAGCAUCGGCUUCCACCUGCCGCUGCGCAGCCGACCCCAGGACAGAAAAGCACGCUCCGUGUCGGACACCGGCCUCCUCGCAAACCUCCAGGGGGCAGCAGAGCCCCACAAGGGACCACACAGUUUACGGCCUUCGGAUGACAUCCUCGUGGCUGGCAGUGACCUGGACCAGGAGAACGCUCACUUCGUUGUGGUAGACAUGGUCCUGGAGGCCAUUGAGGAGGGCAAGUGGGCAGCCUGUGGAAGACGGGGCCCCCGGCUGGCGGCGAGACGUGGGCUGCUCCGCCUGGAUGCCCUUCAAGAUGAGCCGAAGAGCAGCGCUCGGCCCUCGCGACCCAGAACCCGGCACAGCGAUGGCAACUCGGGAAGCAGUUCAGACAAAGUGUCCACGGAGGACGACGUCCACUCUUCUCUGCCCAGUUCGCCCCAAGUUCCCACAAGGCCGUGCUCUGCUGAGGCCCUCGCUCAGAUGCUCAUGUCCGCCUUCCGAAAGCAGUGGCUCCCCAUGCAGGCGCUUUCGAGUUCUCCAGGCGACCUGAGUCUAGCGCUGCAGGAGUUCCUCCCCAGCAGCGAUGCGGCGACAGCAGCGCAGAGCCUCGCCUUCGCGGAGGAGAUCAGACAGAAGUCGAGGAUGAGGGGCACCCUGAUGUGGGCGCCUCCCCGCUUUCAGAUCAUCUUGAGUAUCCACCCGCCCAAGAAGCGAAGCGAGGUCAUGGCUUCCCAGCAGUACCUGUGCGCCGGCUGCGGGACCGAAGUGGAAGUCAGAUACAUGAAGAAGCUGCGCUACUGCGAGUACCUGGGCGGGUACUUCUGCGAGUGCUGCCACGGCCAGGCCGAGGCCGUGAUCCCGGGCCGGGUGCUCCAGCGCUGGGACUUCAGCCUCUACCCCGUGUGCAACUUCUCCAAGCGCCUGCUGGACAGCGUGUGGUUCCUGCCCCUCUUCGGACUCUCCAGCACCAGCAGGACCCUCUACCCCAGGGCGCGGGAGCUGGACAAGCUGAGGGACCUCCUGGAGCAGCUGGUGGCCCUUAAGAAGCAACUGGGAGCCUGCAGACUGGCGGACGGGGUCCUGCAGGAGUUCCAGCAGCUGCCCAGCCACCUGACCCAGAACCCCUCCCUGCUGUCCUUGGACGAUCUGCUGGCGGUGAAGCGAGGCUUGCUGGUCCCACAGGCUCGGGCGUUGCUGCGGGCGGCCGCCGCCCAUGUGGAUGGGUGUGAGCUGUGUCUCGCCAACGGCUUCAUCUGCGAGUUCUGCCACAGCCAGGACGUCAUCUUCCCCUUCCAGAGCGAGAGGUGUAAACGCUGUACGGAGUGCAAGGCCUGUUUCCACACGGACUGCUUCCGAGACGCCGGGUGUCCCAGAUGCGCUCGGAUUGAGACCCGCAGGAAGCUGAUGGGCACCUCCGCUUUGCUGGGGGUCUAGUGCCCUGUCUUACUCCGAUGGUGCGGCUAUGAAGCGGCCGAGGACAACGCGGCUGCUUUCCCGCGGUGCCCGCGUUGCUGCCGUUCCGUUCUGUGUCUCGCCAGGGGUUCGACACCCAGAGCGCGUCGGCCGUCAGCGCCAGUCCCACCCUUCGAUCGAGAAGAACCUCGAAACCCCGGCCCACGCGGAGCGCCCGUCUCGCCAUCGACUUUUCCCGUGUUUGCUUGGGGAUGUUCACUCUUUGCAGAGCAACGUGUUCACGGUUGCGCGCCUGUGUGACACACUUGUCUGAGGAUGAAUGAACUCUUGAAUUGUAA